AAUUCAAACAUCCCUCCUAUAAUUCCAUUCGGCCCAUCCAGAUCAGAAAAUUAAAAAAAACUGAAGCAUUAUUAUUACAUCAGACCACAAGAUCAGCAAUGGCAGGCAUGAAGGUGACGAGCAUCCUAUCCCUGGUGGUGGUGGUUCUGGUGGUGGCGACGGCGCUGCAGAUCCGCGAAGCGGAAGCUCAGACGGCGGCCGACACCUGCGCCGCGCAACUGGGGAACAUCAACGUCUGCGCUCCCUUCGUGAUGCCCGGCAUGACCGCCUCGAACCCCAGCGCCGACUGCUGCGUCGCCCUCCAAUCCGUCGACCGCGACUGCAUUUGCAACACGCUCCGCGUCUCCGCCCGCCUUCCCUCUCAGUGCAACAUCCCUCCUCUCUCUUGCCCCGCGAAUUGAUCGAGAUGAGAAGCAAGCUAAGCUAAGGUGGUGGAUGAAUAAAGUUAAAGAUCUAUUACUGCUCAUCAUAUUGUUGGUGAGCCUAAAGGUUUCCUUUUGAUGAUUUUUUUUUUUUUUUAAAUAAGAAAGAAGGUCUUUGUGACCUGCAACAGGACAUCAACUUUGUAAUGUUGAUCAGAUUAAUUUGAGUGUAAUAAUGUAUUCCAGUCCAGCCAAUAAUACAUAUACAUGAAAGAUUUUCAUUAUUA